AUGAUGCCUUUCGGGAAAAACCCCAAAGGACAUUCUCAAUCUGGAGAAGAUGAUCGGAAAAAUGUCAUCAAACAAAUGAAAGUCCGAGCCAACAUCAAAAGUGACAAGAGCUGGAUUCACAAACCAGAUGAUACACAAGGCCAGACCAUAGAGUUACCUCCCAGCGGGGAGCACUAUUCAAUGGCACCUCCACUCAUAACGACCCGGAAGGACAGGCCUCCAGCUCCCAAGCCUUCAUCGGGCUACAUUAUCAGGGGCGUGUUCACCAAGCCCAUUGACAGCACACCUCUGCCGCAGACUCACUGCCCGGUGACUUUUGAAACCCCGAAAAGAUCUACAGUUCCAGGCAAACCUGUCACUGCCAGCCUGUCCCGGCCCUCGGCCUCUGGCUACAAAAUGCCUGCUGAUGACUGCAGCAAGAAGAUGGUUGAAAUCAUGGAGGAUGAAGUCCCUCCUGAGAGGAGUCAGAGCCUGCUGCCAUCUCUGGGGAGACAGCUGUACAGCUUCACCAGUGGGAAGAGAGAAGAAAGUCACACUCUGCCAGGCCAUGACCCCAAACUGGAAUCCACUCUUCUUGAGGUUUCCCCAGAGGCCAAUCGGAAGAGAGCAUUUUCGAAAUAUAAGGAAAGAAACAUUUCCAGCACCAGAGGGGACAUUGUCAAAGAAGCAGAGGACAAAGAACGCUAUACUGAUGCCGACAGGUCAAGUACCUGGUCCACUGACAGUAACCAAGGCUCCACUGGUUCACAAAAUGAUGUGGAUGAAAUAGAGGUUACCUCUAAGAAAGGAUCUACCGUCAGCUUUGAUGACCGCCACAUCAGUAGCACUCACGGAGGAGGCUACGAGGGUCCCAGUAAACAACAAGCUGCUGAACCCAACAAACCAAGCCGAUCUGAGCCGCAUUCUCGAGAAGGCGGUAUUCGAGAGAUGCCUCUGGUUCCACCUGUGCCCAGAGAAUACAGACUUCCCUAUUGGAAUUUGAUAAGGCUCAGCUCCGAGGAAUGUGGUGCGCUUUCUCCAGAUGACCAGUAUGAUCAUUCGAUGAACCUGCAAUACUCCAUACCCAGCGAGAACACUACAAAGUAUGCCUCUGCCUCCACUGUUACCACCACUGAAGAGAGAUACGGAAGUUCAGCCAGCUUGGAUGAUCCUAUACCAUCUGAAAACCGGAGAUUUGCAUCAUCCUCUGUCAGCUCCACUGACCAAAGAUUUGGAACUCUGCCCAGCGUGGAUAACAUGAUGACAUCCGAACACAGGAGCUCUCUCUCUGGUUAUGAGGAGAGAAGUGUUACUACCAUCGUCAGGGAGGCCAGAUGGGACAGUACUGGACCUGCUGGAGCCAAGGGAAGCACCCGCCCGGAUCCAAAGAUUCACUACAGUAGUGACUAUAGAGUCAACACUCCAGAUUCUACUCACCAGCUGCCCCUGAAGGGCAGUGGCCAAGAGUCCAGCUCCAGAAGGUGUGUCCCUAUUUCAGGGGAGAAGACAUCUGCAAGCAGCAAGGCUGCCAGCCUCAGAGACAGUGCCUCGAGCUCGGGCAGCGAAGGCUCCUCUAACCCUGCCAAGAUAAGUGGUGUUAUCUGCACUUACUGCUGCAACGAGAUCAGAUCUGGCCCCAAAAUUACUCUGGAGCACUUGGGCAUCUGCUGCCAUGAGGGUUGCUUCAAGUGUGGGAUUUGCAAGAGAAAAAUGGGCACGAUGCUGGACCAUGUGUACAUCCACAAGGGAAUCAUUCACUGUGACCAAUGCUAUGCAAGACUCUUCUAGCUUCAAUCAGCCUGCAAAGAGUCAUCGUGAAGAUGGGGACCCAUCUUCUUAAAUCUCCAGUUACACUGUUUCCCUUUAUUACUAAUUCCCA